AGCAUUUAUUGCGGCAAUAACGUUUUGCUUCUCUAAACCCUUUUUCACGAGCUUCGCUGAAAGCAGUGAGAACUCUUUUGUGCAAUAGCAUCAACAAGUAACUUCUAAGGUAAGAAGAAAUAAUCAUAACUGUGAUGAACUAAAAUGUCCGUGAGUAUUUCAAACUAUUUAGCUGCCAUUGUGCAGUUCAAGGUGCACGUUAGUCUUGGUCCACAAACACAGGUAAUAUUUAACUUACUGGAACAGUUCGUUUCUGCUAGAUUUGUGCGAAAUGUUCACAGUUCAACAAAAUCUAGACGUGGAUAAGUUGGUUGGUAGGUGGCAUUAAUUUUCGACCAGAAAAAGCACGAAAACUUCGAAUUCCACCGAAAUAGUAUAGAAAGAACGCAAUCUAAUUUUUAAUGCUUCUUAGAUAACACUUGUAUUCUUUGAUUUAAAAAAUAGCGAGAAACUACACCACUAAAUGAAGAGAGGGUUUUUAACAUCUCCCGAUUUGCGUGCGGUUAUUAUUAUAGAAAAUGCCCUGGUAAUUCGACAUCUAUGUGAACACAACAUACGUGUCAUCGUACUAUGUUCAAAAGUAAUAAUAUCCGUAAGUGUUCAUGGUCUGCCUUUCGGAGACAUCCUAUACCAUAACUGCAUCAGGUCUAAACUAAUUGAAGAAAGUAAGUAUUCUCCAGGUAGCAUAUGUUAUUGCCAUGGCGUCUAAGAAAAGUUAUCUUUGUCUUACAUAUUCCACCCGGAAUGAAUGUGCUGGAUACAGGGAAUUCUUUGUUCUAAUUUGCCAACCGAGUAAGCGACAAAGAACUGACUUGCUUGCUCGGUUUACCCGAGCCGUUCUGUACGUUCUAGCAAAAACUCAAGGACUUCGGUGUAUUCUUUUGGCUGAAAUCAAUCCUUGAAUGAAAAAUAGUGUUCUAUUUAGACGAUCUCUUUCCAUUCAGAGUGUUUUUAUUGUCUUCGAUCUCGUUUCUACCAAAACAAACGAAAAGAAAUGUGGCUGAUUUCCAGUCAUCUUGACCUCACGCCUGGUUCUAUCAUCAGUUCGGUUCUUUCAUUCAUAACAAAUGUUGGUCGUUAGUUGGAUUAAUUAGAGCUUCUGUAAACUUUCGAAGAGAUUAUUCUUUAUGACCCUUCUUUUUUUAAAUUUUUUCGUCAAACCAAGAUCGUCAUUUGCCAUCCACCCUCAAUGUUUUCCUUGGAUCUCUAUUCCAGCUCAUAUUGCUGUAAUUUUUCAAAAUAUUUGCAUUUUGCUGUAAAAUUGCUCAAAUGGAUCAAUAUGUGACCCAUUUAAAAUACCGUUGUUAAUUUUAGUCACUGGAAGAGGAAAACACGAACUUACAUUUGUCAUCAUUGUUACUCUUUGUUUGUUUGUUUUUUUUUUAGUUUAGUCAUUUCCAUAUUUAUUUCCGUUAAAAGAAUCAGGGUAACUUUUUUUAUUGGACUGAUUAUACACAAAAGAAAGAGGGAUUUUUAGAGAUCUUUAUCGGCUAGAGAAUAAAUGAAAGGAACUAAGAACGUAUUAUCAUGAAACGGUCACUAUUUUCCAAGACAAAAAAGGGGUUAAAACGCGCAUGUAGUGUCUUAAAAUGGCUCGCAAAAAUUAAAUUUAUAUUUGUUACUGUCUCGCCCAUUAUUUGUUUGUUCAAUUUUUCCACCAUUUGUCUUCUUUUUGAAAUAUUUUUGCUGGUCUCGAAUUAUUUCCUGAGGGUGAUCCUAGGGAGUUCAAGGUUUUGAUUAUUGGUGCCUUUUGUUAGGAAUAGGUAAAAAAUUCCAAAUUAGCCUUUUUAAUAGACAUUUUAAACCAAAGCGAACAAACUAACCUAAUAAUUCUUCUUCUGUGAAUUAAUCAGCGAAAGUUUUCCCUCCAGUGUGUCCUUCAUAGUGUAGGAGAGAAAAUUAGCCUUGAAUUCGUCGAAAAAUACAUUUUGAAUUUUUUUUUUCCUUUUUUCACCCAACUAUUUGACAGAAUGGCCAUAGAAAAAGACUCCGAGACCCACCGUAUUGACGACAUCUUACGUUAUGUUGGUGAAUUUGGUUUAUGGCAGAAGUUUUUGUAUUUUUCAUCAUGCUUCCUUGUGAUAGUCCCGAGCGCCAUUCAAAUAGCCUCGCUAGUGUUCGCCACUGGUACACCAAAGUUUCAUUGCGUCACACCCAACGUCACUUGCGAGGAAAGCAAGUGUUGUGACAACUGUACCACUUAUGCUUUCGACAAAUCCUUUACAAGCACUGUGACUGAGGUAAGUUUCGAUAGGAGGGUUAACCUUCAGUUCUUGCAAAUUGAUCACUGGGGGAAGGGGAGAGAAGCGUGUAUAGUCCUCCCAAUAGACGUACGUCGUUUAGGCGUCUCAAGCACUGAAACAGACGCGGAUAGAUGUGCAUAUCGUGAUCAGCAUAAACGACAGUAGCCUAAGAGCAGGCCCUCGAAGACUUUAAACGAGUCGGGGAGACUUCUCGUCGACUCGCGUUGCUAAAGGCCACAAACUUUCCCGCGGGCGUAAAAACGCUUCUGCUGAAGCGCUGAUUAUGGAGACGCCUGGGGAGAAUAAAGACACUCGCAUAGCCCUUGGGUACUCCCUUCAUGUACCAGUAAGGUUCACCAAGUUUCUAAAACCAUAAAAGCCGAGGUUUUUAUCAUACAAUAAUAAUGCAAGCAUUACAUUUUUUUCCAGUGGAAUCUGAUUUGUGACAAGAAAAAUAUUGCUGCCUUGGUUCAGUCGUUAUUUGUAGCUGGUAUGAUGGCAGGAUCUAUCUUCUUUGGCGUGAUAUCAGACUUCUUCGGAAGGAGGUUCUGUCUUUUUUUAUGCAGUGCUUUAGCGGUGAGUCUAGUUUUCUGGUUUGCACAUAGCGCGUGAGUCAAUAAAAGAACCUAUGCGAUAUCUUUUAGGGCCAAGGCCAGUCUUUAGAGCCUGUAAUAUAUGUGUGCAUUACACUCUGAAUUAACAGAGUAAGUCGUUCUAAAAUGUAGGCCGAUUAUCAAGUUGUAAAUUGAAAAUCAAAAUUACACGGGUACCGCAAGCUAGCUGAAACUAACCAAGUGUCCUUAUUUUUGGUCGAAGAGAAAUUAAUAUCUGGUCACUUGCUGCUCAGUCAAGAAAGGUAUUCAAAGUUGCUGCUGUUUGGGAGAUUUAAAUUACAUUUUCCUAUUUUGACUUCUUAUCUCGGUCGCAAAAUGUGAUAUUCUGUCACACUUCAUCUCUUACUGCGACCUUUCAUUUUUCCUAUUUUAGCUGAGUUUUAGCCUGGCGUCAGGUUUUGCGGACUGUUUGUCAUUUUUUACUUUCCUCCGCUUCUGCGCGGGUGCUGCUAUAACCGGUCUGUUUGUGGGGCACUAUGUUUACAUUUUGGAGCUGGUAGGGUGCAGCUAUCGCACUCUGGCUGGAAAAGUGCAGGAUGUCUUCUGGGUCAUAGGCGCUUGCAUCACGGUCAUGACUGCCUACUUGGUUAGAGACUGGAGACAAGUGCUAUUGAUCGGUAGUAUUCCAGCGGGCCUCUUCUAUCUUUUAUGGAGGUGGGUGUGUAAAUAGAACCAAAUACGAAGUCACUAAUAGAGUCGAAAAUGGAUUUUGAUACAGAAGAAAAAAUAAAUGUCGAUUGAAAAAAACCACUCAGAACCAAAGAAGGUGAGAGAGGUGUUGGUUUGGUAGUUUGCGCGCUAGACUUGGAUCGAGAUGCCCGGGUUCGAGAUUGUACCGCUGCCCGCUGCUUUAACUCGAGUAUCAGCGGGCUCGUGUUCACGCUGCCGGAAGGACGGCCAAAUGGAACGUUAAGAACUGGAAGAGAUUUGUAUGCCAUGUAAAUUCUCCGGAUUCACGCGUUUUUAACAAAAGGUGAGGGAGUCUCUGACAUCCCCUCAGCCCUGCCACCUCUUCCUGUUACGCUCCAAUCACAACAUAAACCAGAAACAGAAUAACUUUGGCAUUAACUUUUCGUCUAGCGAGAAUUUCGUAACACUGAAAAGCAAUGACAACAGUCAUUAUUUUGUCCGCGUUCAAUGGCCCUAUUGUUUUCAAAUCUUAUCUCAACAUUUCCUUUGCAGCGUAUUUCCGGAGUCUUUAAGAUGGCUGGUUGCUCGUGGUCGUUUAGAAUCUGCUCAUGCCAUUCUUAUGAAAUACGCUGACAAGAACUCCGUGACUGUUGACUCAGAGACCCUCAUGUCCAUGUUGGAGGAAUGCAAAGCGGCUUCGAAGAGAGUUGCGUCUGAGGUCAAGCGGUCACCUCUUAAUCUGGUGCGCACACCAAGAUUGAGAAGAAGAACUGUGAUUCUUUGUUAUAACUGGUUCGUUCUUUAAACAUACUCAUUUCAUUCGAUAGCAACUUCCAUUCUGAGUGAUAUACAAUCAAUUUUCUUAACCAAAGUUGAUCUUUUACGUUUUGUUUUUUAGGCUUGUUCUGAGCAUGAUAUUUUACGGAAUUAUGCUGUAUGUCCCAAGCUUGGCUGGUAAUAUGUACCUAAACAUUUUUCUGAUGUUUGUGAGUGAUUUACCACACACUCCCAUGGCAUGGAUUGUGUUCAAACAGUAAGCACUUGACAGCUUUAAUUUUUUUAGUUCAUUCUGGAGUGGAUCAAGAGGAAGGCAGGGGGUGCGCACUCCCCUCCCCUAAGAUGGCCUGCGUCUUUCUUUUCUUUGGGGUAGCAGGUACCUAUUUACGUUCCCCCGUGAUAAUAUUAUAUUCUCAGUUUGUAUUUCCGUCUCUCAGGUUUGGUCGCCGUAUUCCGCAUUGCGUGUUCAUGAUGAUCAGCGGUCUUUCGUGUCUGUUCGUACUUCUUGUUCCGGAAGGUUGGUGACAAAACUCAUUGUAAUUGGUUUUUAUAUGGUCAAACUUGUUUCUCCAGCAGGAAAAAUAAGAACUUAAGAGAGAUGUCGCAAGAGGGACAUCUGUUAAAGUUGUUUCGUCUCCUGUGUACAAAAUUACCUGGAUACAUUCACUGAAAAAUUCAACUGAUAACUAGAUGCAGGAGCCCAUUGCUCCUGGUAGAUGACAUGACUUUUCCUCUCGAUCCAGCUCUCCAAAUGCAACUAGAUCGAAACAUACUCUGGUGAUAACGGACAGUUUAAACGAGAGAUUGUAAUUAAGAAAUACUGAAAUAAAGCUUAAUAAUUGGCAUGGUGCCCUUUGUCCAAAUAGAUCUGAAAGGUUUAAUAACGGCAUUGGCGCUGAUUGGACGAUUCUUUGGAUCAGCCUCGUUCUCGAACGUAUACUUGUACAGUAGUGAAUUGUACCCCACGACCAUCAGGUAAUCUGAACCAUAAUCACAAAUGAUAAACGUCAACUGCUCGAAGAUUUCCGAUGAUAUCUGAAGCGCUUUUGAUGUUCUCGAAAGCAGUUUCAAACCUUCAGUCUUAAAAAAGCAGGUGGUAAUAUCUCGCAUCUUUCGUUGCAACGCUAAGAAUCCUUUUGUCUUACGUCAGAACGUUUCACUGACAGUAGCAUCCAAAUAAUUAAUAUUCUUUUGUAGGAAUAUGGCUCUUGGUACUUGCUCGACUUUUUCUCGUAUCGGAGGCAUGGUUGUUCCUUUCAUCAUUGCACUGGUGAGUUGCACCAUCGGAAAUAAAAGAAACAUGGCAGAAUAAAUUUUUCCCCAAGAAAUAUUCAUAGUCUUUUCAUGGCUCGAAUUUGGUCGUUCGAGCCCGUACAUUGCAUACUGUCAAUCACACUUCGCUGCACAAACCAGACACUUUAUAAAUUGUAUUCGCUGGUGUGAAGAAAUUUUUAACAAACCUAAGGGAAAUUCAUUUUUCAAUCUGGUCAGUCGCUCCUUACUAAUGGUAACAGUUAUUUUGAGAUUGUACAUCGUCCCAUUUCGAGGGGUAAGAUAAGUGAAAAGGAGUCUGUCGUAUUCAGCAGGUUUACGCUGAAGAUUUGAAGCAGAAAGUUUGCGCUUCAACUUGCCUGAGAUUUGAGCCUCAUGGUAACUCUCUCAACAAAGGGUUUGUUUUCGCGUGUUAUCAUAACAUUCAAAAUUGCGAAUCAAAGAAAGCCACGAAUAUUCUAGUUUCUUUAUCGUUUCCAAUCUGCGUUGACAUCGUAACUCAUUUGAUUGUGUUUUUGUGGGCUUGUAGGCUCAGUUGCCUGGUGUGUCUGUGACUUUGCCUCUGGUUAUACUGGGUAUUCUUACCAUUAUCGCCGCCUUGAUGUCCCUGUGGCUGCCCGAAACUCUUCUGUCCAACAUGUUCGAGACGGUGCAGGAAAUAGAAACUUCUAAAGAGAACUACGGAUUUAUUUGGAUGGGAAAGCCACGACCUCCACUCAUCUCUUUCCCAUGCAAUAGGUACGAAGCAUCACGCACUGGCGGCAACAGGCACAGCCUGAGAAAGUGACAGAGGCAUUUGAAAUCAAAUUUAAUUUUCUCCAUGCUAAGACUUGUUUGUUAUCUCUUAGUUUAUUAUUGUCCUUAAAAAGGGUUUAAAAAGGCUGACUCACUGUGUAAAUCCUCUUACCACUAUGUAUUACUAAAUGGUAUAAUGUAAAUUUUAUCUCUACAGUGCCCAGGACUCAAACAAAGCAAACGGAGAAAAUGCACACGUUUUGGCAGAGAAUCCUGACAAGAGCCAAAAAGGAAGGCUCUCAGAAGAACCCGAGGACCAAAAAGAAACUACACCUCUGACCACUGCGGAAGAUGGGUCCCCAGAGUCCAAUAUAUAGCUUUAUUUAGAUAGCUUUUAAGACUGCAUAUACGGAAUAGUGUUAUUUCAGUGUGGGGAAUUAGGUCAAAGUAUAGAUCGCUCCCAUCUUCCCUCUUACACUUGAUUUCUAUUUAACCUCAAACAUAAAAUUACAAGGUAUAAGAUUUUUGUAGCAACAGAUCUUCGUCGCCCUGAUGUCUCGAUGACUCACUUCAGAUGUUGUAACCGUAUGGUUCAAUUUUUAGACUAGUCACCGCUUGGAGGAUUUAUUAUUCCUUCCAGUUUGGCUUUUCUUUUCUAGUGAGAUUAUUACGUUUCACAAUCUCUCUCUAUCUGUCCAUGAAGCGCGUGCAAAUGACGUAUGUAUAAAAGAAAGCUAGAAAACUGUUUUCAAUUUGAUUGAAUCAAUUGGGAAUUGAUUGACGCCUUAGAAACUAGUUUCGAGACGUUUUUACAUCCAUCGUUGCUUCAUUUUCUGUCUUUAUUCCCUCAUAUUUUGCUCACUAAUGCGACCUUAAUUGAAGAUCUAGAAAUGACAUCAUUGUGGAAUCAUGUUACUGAAGCAGCAGCAGCAGCAGCAGCGGUAGGGUAGUUAAGGGACUAUCUACUGUGGUAUCACAGGGCUAUGAAACACGCGAUCAUUUUUUGUGCGUCAAGUUAUUUUCCGUUGUAACCAAUAACAAAUGGAGAUAAUAAAAUGACUGCACAACAAACUGCUGAUGAAAUAAACACCAUGACCAGAGAAGGGGAAUUUAAGAAAUGUCAUUUAUUACCAUUUAAAAUGGCGUGGUUAAAACCCUUCAUAUACAGACCACUGUUAGCACGGUACUUAGAAAACUAAAUAAUUUAACAACAAACUUUUAAAAUAUCUUGCCAUAACAUUUACAAUAAGAUAAUUCGUUAAUUGUCUUCCGUUGAAACGAAAGAAGUUGAAUUUAAUUAAAGGAUACCCAAAUCCCAUUUUCUGUGCG